AUGGCUAAAGCUGUAGCUAGUGGAUCUAGUCUUUCACAGGAAAUAGUUGACUUCCUUUUAUGAGUGCUUCUGAUUGGAAUCGGAUUUUUGGCUGGAAAAUUCUUUGAAGAAAUCAAAGCUUUCUUGGUCGAAAGAGGGAUUAUCAAAGCUGAUCAGUCACAAGGAUAUUCAAUGGUGACAAAUCCAGGUAGACAUGACCCUGAAAAUGUUACUGAGCUAGCAGAAAUUGCUGAAGAAGAUGAAGAUGAUGUAUCCUCAAAAUAUAAGGAUGCUUGAAAUGAAAUUCAAAGACUGAACCAGAAGAUAGCGGAGCUUAAAAAGAACAACUCUGAACUAGAAUCUCAGAACACUAAUUUGCAGACAAUGAUCAAACCAGAUCAAAAGAAGGGUGAAAAAUUCCAAGAAGAUGAUGAUGAAGACGUCAAAGGAAUCUUAGACAACAAAGAUAAUUUCUUUAAAGAGUUCCAAGAUGGAGAGAAAGAUGGUCAUGAAGACAAUGAGGAAGAAGAGGACAUUAAGCAAUUUUUGAAAUAACCAACCUUAUGGGAA